GCCAUUCUUCGUAGCUGCAGCCUGCAGCUACCGAGCUAUUCGUUACGUGACCAGGGUUCGGAAUGGAAGAAGAGGGCGUAGGCGGCGAUCACUCAAGCUUUGUGAUUGGUCUAAUCGAGAAUAGAGCAAAGGAGGUUGGUAUGGCUGCUUUUGAUUUGAGAUCAGCAUCACUGCAUCUUUCUCAGUACAUUGAAACUAGCUGCUCGUACCAAAACACGAAGACAUUAUUGUUCUUCUAUGAUCCCAUGACAAUAAUAGUUCCUCCGGUUAAGCUGGCUCCAGAUGGUAUGGUUGGGGUCUCAGAGCUAGUGGAUAAGCAUUAUCCAUCAAAUAAGAAGAUAACAGUGUCCCGUGGCUGCUUUGAUGAUACCAAGGGUACUGUGUUGGUGAGAAAUCUGGCAGCUGAAGAACCAUCUGCCCUGGGUUUAGAUACUUACCACAAGCAAUAUUAUCUGUGCCUAGCUGCUGCUUCCGCUACUAUCAAAUGGAUCGAAGAAGAGAAGGGUGUUAUUGUGACAAAUCACUCGUUGUCAGUUACAUUUAAUGGCUCAUUUGAUCACAUGAAUAUUGAUGCUACGAGUGUCCACAACUUGGAAAUAAUUGAGCCGUUAUGCUCUGGAGUUUGGGGGACUAGCAACAAGAAAAAAAGUCUCUUCCAAAUAUUGAAAACGACAAAAACUGUUGGAGGGGCUAGACUACUUCGGGCAAACUUGCUGCAGCCUCUGAAAGAUAUUGAAACUAUUAAUGCUCGUUUAGAUUGCUUGGAUGAGUUAAUGAGCAACGAGGAGCUAUUUUUUGGCCUUGUCCAAGUGCUUCGUAAAUUUCCAAAAGAUACUGAUAAGGUGCUUUGUCACUUCUGCUUCAAGACAACAAAAGUCGCUGGAGAAGCUGUUAAAUCUGCCAAUGCUAGGAAAAGUCAAAUGCUGAUAUCAAACAUUAUCAUUCUCAAAACUGCAUUAGAUGCUUUACCUCUUCUCUCAAAGGUUCUUAAGAAUGCAAAGAGUUGCCUGCUCUGCAAUAUCUACAAGUCUGUGUGUGAAAAUGCAAAGUACGCGCAAAUGAGAAAGAGAAUUGGAGAUAUAAUUGAUGAGGAUGUGGUACAUGCUAGGGCUCCUUUUGUUGCUUGUACACAGCAGUGCUUUGCCAUUAAAGCUGGAGUAGAUGGUCUUCUUGAUGUCGCUCGUCGUUCUUUUUGUGAUACCAGCGAAGCUAUACAUGACCUUGCGAACAAAUAUCGAGAGGAAUUUAAUUUACAUAAAUUAAAGAUUCCUUUCAACAAUAGGCAAGGAUUUUAUUUCAGUAUUCCACUGAAGGACAUUAACGGAAAGCUUCCCGACAAAUUUAUUAAGGUCAUGAGAAAUGGGAAGAACAUACAUUGCACAACUUUUGAACUUGCUUCUCUAAACGUUAGAAACAAGUCUGCAGCCGCUGAAUGUUUCAUGCGGACAGAGAUGUGUUUGGAAGACCUAAUUGAUGCCAUAAGAGAGGAUAUUUCUUUACUAACACUGCUUGCAGAGAUUAUAUGCCUUCUAGACAUGAUUGUGAAUUCUUUUGCAUACAUGAUAUCUGCCAAGCCUCUUGACUGUUAUUCAAGACCAGAAUUCACAGCAAGCGGGCCCAUGGCAAUUGAUGCUGGAAAACAUCCUAUCUUAGAGAGCUUGCAUAAUGAUUUUAUACCUAACAAUCUUUUUCUUUCUGAAGCAUCGAACAUGGUGAUAGUCAUGGGCCCAAACAUGAGUGGAAAAAGCACUUAUCUUCAACAAGUUUGUCUUUUGAUCAUUCUUGCACAAAUUGGUUGUUAUGUUCCUGCUCGUUUUGCAUCCAUAAGGGUAGUUGAUCGUAUUUUUACGCGGAUUGGCACUGGGGACAACGUUGAAUAUAACACAAGCACA